CCUGCCUGCACUACCCUUCCCUUCCCUGCGUUGCCUCCCCUGCCUGCACUGCCCUGCCCACUCUGCCCACACCACCAUACCAACCCUGCCCUGCCUGCACCAUCCUGCCUGCCCUGCUCUGCCUGUCCCACCUGCCCACCCUGUCCUGCACCCAAUAUUAACUAUUGAGACUCCUCACCCUGCUGCCCUCCAGGAGCUGUCCCACAUGGUUGGGCCCACCAGGGCUGUGUGCCCAGGGAUCCCCACAACACCCUUCCCCGCCCCAGGGCUCAGCAUCCCUGCCUGGCCCCUGACCCGGGCAGCCAGAGCCCCAGGCAGCUCCUGAGCCGGGCCAACCGCCCCCACAGUGCCUGGCCCAGGGCAGCAGGGCCGGGAGCCCAGGAGCUGGCGGCAGCUAGGGCACGCCAGCACUGCCUGCAGAUCUCAUCAUGGUGCGCCGCGGGGGGGAGGGACGGACACCACGGGGGCAGGGCUGGCCCUGCCGUGCAGGCAUCAAGUGUCCGGCAGCAGCAUGGCGGGGACAGCGCUGCCCCUCUGCCUGCUCCUUGCUGCCACCCUGCAGGGUGGCCUGACCCAGGCACUCGGGCCUGUGACCCGCUCUGGCCCCCUGCUCCUGCGGCUGCGGCGGCUGGAGGAACAGUUUCGCCGGCUCCAGGAGGUGACACUAAGCCAUCUCCAGAGCAUCGCCAGGAAUUACAACAUCUCCUACAACAUCGAUGGACGCUUCCAAGCACUGGCAGAGCAGGCAGAGGCAGCUGCGGCUGCCCGGGCUGCCCUGGGCACCAAGCUGGCCCACCUGGCCACCACCAGCCAGCGGCUGCACCGCAGGCUGAAGCAGCUGGAGGGGACAGUGGGUGCCCUGAACCCACCACACUGCCCACUCACUCACCCACUGGGUACACUGGUGGAGGCUGGCACCAAGGUGCACAGCCUGCCAGCCACUGCCCAGAGCUGGGGCAGCCAGCUGGAGUGGGAGCCGCAGAGCUGGGUGGCCCCCAGCCCUCCCAGCCCUCGGCGCCCAAAGGCAAGGCGGCGGUGGCAGCAACGCUGGCAGGAGGCAGGGCACUGGCUGCCAGCCCAUGCCAGGCCUGGUGGAACACCCGGGAAGGAUGCAGAGAACCUUUGUGAUGCAGCACCAGGAGCCCAAGUCAUGGCAUCGGCGCUCCCCACCAUGACUACAGUCCCCCAGGAGCAGCCACUGGCCCCCCAGCAGCCAGGAGAGGGUAGGUACAGGCCCCCUGCCCCAGUGUCCACCUCCCCAGCCUGCCGCACUGGUGCCGUCCUGCUCUUCCCCAACACCUCCGCUGAGCGUGUGGCCAUCCUGAAGCCAGGGCUGCACCAGGGGCUGCGGGAGCUGUCGCUCUGUGCCUGGCUGGCCACCCCAGCCUCCUGCCUCGGUGGCCUCCUCUCCUACACCACCCAGAACGGCAGCAGGGAGCUGGCUGUGCAUGGCUGUGACAGGGACCUCCCACGCUCCGUGCACUUUGUCAUCAGGAACAGGCAUUUUCGGGAGCUCCCAGUAACGCCACUUCUGGAUGGCAAAUGGCACCAUCUCUGCCUCACCUGGUCCUCUGGCCAGGGCCAGUACCCGCUUUACGUGGACAGGCGGGUGCUGGCUGCUGGCUCUGGCUUCCAGCAGGGCUAUGAAAUUCCAGCUGGUGGCUCAUUGGUGCUGGGCUGGGAGCAGGACCACCCUGGCAGGGACUUGGGCACCGCAGAAGCUUUUGUGGGUCACCUGGCUGGCUUCGUGCUCUGGAGCCGGGCUCUCCUGCCAGGGGAGGUGGCUAGCAUGGCAACUGGCCGGGCCCUGCCCCGUGGCCCCCUCCUCACACUGGCCAAUGCCUCCCUGCAGGGUGGGGUGCAGAGGGUGGCGUGCCCCUGCCUCCAGCACUGCCUGUGACCAGCCUGGUGGUGGGAGCGGCGCCAGCCUGAGCCGCGUCCUCCUGGGGUGAUGGGACACCUGGGAGAGAGGGCACCUCAGGACUGGGGCCACUGGAUGUGGGACAAAGGAAAAGGGCUUUUGGCAGCCAGCGUGGCAGGGGUGGGACCCAGUUCCAGGACCUGUCCCAAAGCUGGGGGCUUAUCAGCUCUGACCACAGAGGGUAUAUGGCCCCAACGUUCUGAUUAAAAUAUAUCCCAAUUAAAAUUCUCCUCUCCAGGCUGAGAAAUAACGUAUUUCUGGUCUGGCUUUUCACUGUACCGCUCGGUGCUGCUUAGGGCCAGGCAGGAGCUGCUCAGCGUAUGCAGCUGGAGCCCCAGGCUCGGUCACACAUGAGUGACCCCUGCCUGUCCCCCGCCACCGCCAGCAUCUGCCACUGAGUCACCCUGAGGGGGAAGUUGUAGCUUGGAAAAGCCCGUGACCGGGGUGAGCCAGCAGUGCCCCAGUGCCCGGCCCUUGGCAGCAGACCUUCGGAUCGAGCUGUGGCUGGGGGCUGAGGCAAAGCACACAGACGCUCCCACACGGCUGCCCGGUGCAGCUCCCUGCCAGGAGAGCGGCAGGAGCGCCGGCUCCGCCCGCUCCCCGGGCUCCCCGGGCCGGGGGCCCUCGCUGCCAGGGCUGCCAGCCGCAAGCCGCGCCCGGGCCCGCCGCGGGGCAAGGCCUCACCGCAGCCCUGCGGCCUCCCGGGCCGCCGCCGCCGCUCUCCCCGCCGCGGCAGGCCACAUCCCCGUCGCCGGCUGCGGAACGGGGAUGGAGCCGGGGCCGGGUCGCGGCCGCUGUCCCGAGGAGAGGGCUCGGCGGGGAUGGGGGGGGGGCCGCGGGCGGGACUACAGCUCCCAUGGUGCCCCGGGG